UUUCUGUGUGAAUCUAGUGUUAAUCGCAUGCAUGGCUCGUUUUUCGCUAUACACGCAAUCAAAGUUAAUCUCCUGAAGGAACUGGAAGCAAAUUGGAUAGCCAGGCAACAGACAAGUGAAUAGGAAAACGUGUGAUGUUCUAAUUAGAGGUCCAUUUAGACCGUGUAGAUAAGCUGCACUUGAGCUGGCUCUAUAGUUAGAUUUAUUGUGGAAGAAAAGCACAGGUGAAUAAAUGGCAGCAUCCUAGUUGAAGAGAGUGCGAUGAGAUUUUGAAAAAGCAGAUGAUAAACUCAUUAACAUGAAAUAAUAACAAGUGAACAGACCAGCAAGACAAGCUUGAGUGGCAUUGUUUUUUUUUGUGCUUAAAAAUUCACCGGCAAGCAGAGCCCAAUUAACAAAACGUUGAAUGUGUAUGUGUGACUAACCCCGCUAAGCCUAGCAGUAGUGCGCGAACGCAAGCAAAUUAACAACUGCCCCUCUCUUCUGAUCAUCACCAACCAAAGCAUGAUGGCUGAUACUAACGGCAGCGGUGCCACUCCCGGUGGCGGUCAACCGGAGGCCAUUCCGCAGUGGAAAAAGGAAUUGAUUCAGCGCCGAAAGAAUCUAGCCAAAACGAUUGGCGCCGCCGCCACGCAAGUGCAUGACAGUGCAUCCACGGUAGCCGCCGCUCUCACUACGCCGACCACGCCGAGGGCAGGUCCCGGUGUGCCCUUCGGUACUGGUCUUAAAGAUCCAUCGGUAGAGGCACCGUCAGUUGCAGAAUGUACAACACCGCCAGGUUCAACAGUGGGCUCUUCCGUUAGCCCCGUUCCUUCUUCCCAAGAGCUCAGUAGUAAUAAUAGUGAUUCACCUGCUUCACCUACAGCUGCCUCCGUUCCAUCCCCGUCUUCGCUGUUUGGUGCUCCGGUAUUCGUAGGUCAUUCGCAUUCGUCACCGCCGCAAGUGAAUGAACAGCAGCAGCAGCAAGUGUUGGUGAAGUCAUUCGGUGGGCCUACCAACACCAGCACCGCCAGUGCCACUCGAGGAACAACCGAAGUGCUGCUUGUUGUCGGCGGAACGUCAGCAGAGAAACAACCGUUGCACACUCAGUCACAUUCCAAUGACGGUACGGAGAGCACCAGCAGCAAUACUAGUGGCUACAGUAGUCGAUCGAACCCGAAUCUUCCCAGCAGUGCGUUGAGUGGUACACCCAAAGGUGGUGGUGGCGGUGCUCCAGCAAACAGCAGUGGUCCAGCGGGAAAGUAUGCCGCGGUCGGAGGUGUUGUUGGUGGUAUUAGUGCUAGUAGCGUUGAUUGUGAGCAGCUAACCAACAGUUAUAGCAAUAGUGAGAUCGCGUGGAAAUUAAAGAAAAACACUUCAAGUGCUUCUUCUUUGGUUAGCCCCAACAACAGUAGCAGUAGUGGCACCAAAAUGGUUGCAGCUAGUGCUGAAGAGAUAAUUUAUGAGAAGAGUAGAUUUGUGGGGGAAGGACUUGAUGCGGGAACGGGUACCACUGUAGACGUGGACACUUCAGAAGAACUAAAGUAUGGACCAGGAAUUGUGUCGAAACUUCGCUGUCGAUAUUUGAGUCUAGCGCUGCGGCAAUCUGCGAAUAAGCAGAGGCCAUCGCUUAACAGCAUGCGUCGAGCGACCAGUUUAAAUAAUUUGCUCGACGAGGAAAGUGAAGAUUUGAGCGAACGGGAAAACCUGAUCGAUGACAAGGAUCCAUCGCAGGAUAAAUCUUACCAGCAGGGGAAGCUUGGCCGUGGGCUACAACAUAAACAAAUGAACUUACAGCCGAAAGCUAAUACACCGGAUGAAUAUAUUUCGACGUUCCAGAAGAGUGUGCAGAACAGUUAUACGCGAAGUGGCCGACAGACGGAGAAGAAGAACGAGUAUAAUCGUUACAACAAACAGCGUGGUGCGGACUCGCUGAAACGGGCCCGAUCAGUUGAAGCGCUAGUGCGCUACGAUCACAAGGCCUGGGAGCGCGAUAUCCAAAAGGAAAACCUAUACAGCAGCACCGAUAGCAAUGUAAUCAUACUGGAUGAUAUUGGCAGCAACGGGAUCGCGACCGCCAACGGCAACGCCAUCAACAACAACUGUCAAUCGACGGCGAUGAACAAGGCCGAAAUUAUUGUGGAUUGUGUCACGAUCGAGGAAAAAAUCAUUAACGGACGGGAGAAAGGUGACCCAAAACCGAAACGGCUGACCUCGUUCAUCGAUGCGGACGAACGUCCCCCGCCAGAUGUGGUCCGGCAAACGAUGAAAAUUUUCGAGGCGAAUGCCAAUCGAAGAGGCCGACCCAUUGCUAGGACCAACGGAGCUGCGGGCGAAGUUGCUGCCAAAGUUGCCAGCUACAAGUCGAUUAUCUCGUUGGAGAAACCUCCGAUUACGCAUCCUAAGCCGCCUCUAAGCCCGAAGAAGCCAAAUAUUAUACCACGAAACACUAGUCCCAAGUCGAAUGGCAAUACCAACAACAACAACAACAAUAAUACUGCCAACGGUCUGAAAGAUAAACCGAUUCUGCCCAAAUUGGACAUCACCGCGAUCCGUUACAAUCUAGAAACAACAAACAAUCUAAAGAACGCAGCUGCCUCACCGCCAGUGCAGACACCUCCAUCGGCCGGUUCUAAUCCAAACAGCACCACAUCGACACCGUUAUCAGUGCGAGUAGAACCAGCUUACCGUCUCAAGUAUGACUCACCCGCCUUAUCGCCGAAUGCUGCCCAACACAAUAACAGUAAAGUCACGACAAACACGACCAACCGACCGGAGAGUCCUCGCGUCUCAAGCGCAACGGCUGUCUCAGCUAAUAUGCAAAAUAACACAAACAGUACUGCUCACACAUUCGUCGACUCACCAUCGAUCCAAGCACUUACGAGCAAACUGAACCAGCUGAAUAUCGCGACCUCAACCCCGACCGGUACUCGCUCGCCAACACCGUCUGACCCAGCAAUUACAGCAACGGCAAACACAGCUGCAGCAGCACCGCCGCAAGUGCCGCCCCGUAACAUUCUCCAGUACGCUACGAGCGAUGAGGAGGAUCCGGACGAUCCGGAGGACCAACAGCGUGAGUAUUCUAUAAACAGCGAUCACGGCAGUGACAGCCAAUCGGAUGACCUUGAGCUGGACGACGAACCGGACCAAGUAAAGAAGGUUUCCCGCUCUGCGAUGGAGAAUAUUUCCAAAGCCGGCAUUACGACGCAAUUCCGAUUCAACGGACAGUCACAGAACAAAUCGCAUCUCCCCUCUCUGACAGUCAGCAGUGGAAAUUCAACAGCUGCAGUCGGUGGUGGUGCAAAACUGAUUGCCAGCAAGAAACUGAAUGUAGACGAUCAUCUAUCGUCGAAUUCUUCCUCGACGUCGUCAUCGCCGAUCACAGUGCCAGCAGCAGCAGCAGUAGGAGUGGCGGCAGCAGUGCCGUCAGCCGUCAUCCUCCAGAAGCCGCCCAUGCCACGGUCUCGGGAAAGUCUGGUGGCUAACGGUCUGAAGCCGCCGCCCCCGCAGGCGGCUGCGAAUUUAGAAAACAACAACCUCGGUAGUGUCACCGCCAAUCAUAAUCUUAAUAAUCUAAAUAGUAGCAAUGCCAAUACUAGUGUUAAUAGCAACGGAAGCAAAAUAGUGAUAAAUGCCAACGUCGGCGGCAAUAAUGGUAACACAAGUGGCAAUCCGGAUAAUGCCUCCUCCUCAGCCGCCGCCGUCGUGAGUGCUCAUAGCAGUGUAUCAAGUGACGUGUCGAAAACUGUGAAUUUAACCGCUCGCGAGAUCGAAAAAAAUCAAAUCAAUCUGGAGAAGUCGUGUGAAGAAUCGGUGCUAAGUAGUGCUACCGGUGCGAGUGUGUCGAAAGCGAACAACAAUAGCAACAACAGCAACAGUAGUGCUAGUGGCGGUGGUGACGUCGGCGCAGGCGUCGGCUCGACGACGAUGGCAACUGGCGGCACCAGCGGCGGUGACUUCUUCAUGGCCAAGUGGGGUUCACCGGUGGUGGCCCCGGCGCCAGUAGCUACUAGCAGCUGCAGCGCCAGCAGCAGCACCACCAGUAAUACCGUUUUUCCAAUGGCACCGCUUAAGAAGAAGGUUAAGGCACCUCCGCCGCCCAUUGAAACCAACACAGUGGUGUUCAAUUUUAGCAACCGAAAGGAUGUGCCGGAUUACAUCGAAAACGAUGGGAUUAUACUGCGGCGGCCACGGGAAUUACCCAAGCCCGGCGAAUCCGGUUUCGUGGUACUGGGUGACCUGACACUCGAAACGUCCACCGAUCCGGACGAUUCGUGGGCCAUGGGUCCCCCGUCGCCGUGUGACGUCGAGUUCGAGAAUGCCAACAUUGUGAUCAACGGUAAAUCCAGUAUGAGAAACAAGACUAGUAGAGAUAACAAGUUCAAAAUCCAAUUUGACGACUCACUAACCUCGACCUUUGAGUAUCCAUCGGAAACGUCGCUGCUGGAGGCGAACGGUUUCGGAGGCGAUUCAACCCUCAUCGGUGCCAACGGACUAGGGCUGACGGAUGCUGGCAACGGUCAGCCUGCUGCCAGCAGUGGAGCGGAAGGCGGCGGAGGCGGAGGAGGAGGUGAAGGUGGUGGCGGAGGUGGCAUUUCCUUUGGGGAUAAUGGCUUACUAUCGCACAAGAACAACCUGCUUUCGUCGAUGCCACUGGGCUCCGCUCCUUUUGCUAGUUAUACCCCAGUAAAGGCCGCCAUAGACACAAACUUCGAGCUGGGUGUGACCCGGACUCCAUCGCCGUCGAGCACCGCCAGUAGUAGCACUGCCAGCAGCAACAGCAGCAGUCAUGCAACAACAGCCAACGAGUAUCACCCUCAUCAGCAGCAGCAGCAGCACCAUCACCAUCAUCAACAACAUCUGAUACAUCCGAGUAACGGUGGCAGUCAGCAUGGUUCCAAUGGGACCAGUCUGCAUCAUCUCCAGCAGCAACAGCAGCAGCAGCAGCAGCGACUCCAUCAUCAGAUCAAUGGCACUGACGGACUGCUGCUAGUUAACGGAGAUCCGGGUGAACCCGAAAGCAUACAAUAUCUGAAACCAGCUUCCGACGAGCAAACAGUCAACUGGAGUCAGGGAACACGUGUCACCGAUUUACUGUUCUAGAACCGAGCCUUUGGUGUGGCGGUAAGUACACGCGUAAUUUAAAAAAAAUAGCACUGUUUGUGUAACUUGCCCAAACCUCCAAACUUUCACGAUGAAAUUACUAUGGUAAAGCUUCUAGAUAGAUUACGUAUACACUGUGCUAUCGCACAUUUGCUAUCGCUGUGUUGAUGUAGCAGACUAUUUCAUUGAUACAUUUCCAGUUGGUUACGCAAAAUGAUAUAAAAUUACAUACAUGAAGGUGUAAAAAGGGAUUCGAAGUCCUAUUUUUAACGAACAAGGUAUAUUUUUCCAAAAAAAAAGAAGAUUUUGUGCAGUAUUUAGAUUCGUUUUAAGAUUCCAUGAGAAAAAGAAACAUUAUCAAUCGCUAGAGAAAAUAUUAGUUGCAUCUAAAAAGAAUCCUCAUGACACACUGUAAAAUUUUUGUGCUGCCUAUCGGAGUGAUUUGAUACUAAAAAGGAAAGGAGAACAACAGAAACAAACCAGCGUUAAGUAUAAAGCAAAACCAACAUUCAAACGAAUAUUAUUCAUUGUGAUGAUAUACAGAAAAGUAAAAUUGAUACAACUUUAUAAAUAUAAUAUAAACAAAGCAUUACAAAACUAAGCGAAAGUUUAUACAGACUUACUAUUUUAGCUAUCUAUCAAGUAGAUCGAUAAGAGUAAAAAGAAAAACAAUUCUAAAUAUCGAAAAAAAAUUCCAGCCUCUAAUGAAGGCAAAGUAAUUCCCAUUCCCUCGAUUCCCAGCCGUCAAAAACACGAAGAAACGAAAUUAUACAUUGAUAACCAAGACAAGUAUCGUCGUUUUCUAUUCAUUUUAUCGUGUUAUACUAGAGUAAACCGUAUAUUGCAUUAAUUUAACGAGAAACGCAAGUAAAAAAAAGUAAAGAUAGUCAUCUAACGGCAAAUCAAGAACCGUGGCCAAAUAAGGCAAUCGCAUUAUCCGUUUCGAUUGGAAACUGGCUAAUAAUAAAUUGAGGUGAGCUAGAGAAAAACGUGAGUGACAGAGUGACGAAUGAAUCGGUACACUGUAUUCCUGUGUGUGAACUUGUUGGAGCUCACCGUACGUACGCAAGCAUGUAUAUGUAUAUGAUAAAAGAUAACAAGAAAACUACCCACAAAACUAUUUUUCGCUGUCCACACAUCUGUGCGUGUAGGAUGUCAGGCAAAACUGCAAAUGCCCUACUAUGUACACACAUAAGCUGAUAAAAAAACGCAAAAAACGGAAGAGAGAUGCUUGUUGGACCCGUCGGACGCGGAUGUGGUAUGGUAAGCUACAGUUGAAAUGUGCACGCGGAGUAACGAACGAACCAACGAACGAUACCCACGCGCGUCGACUGCAUUCGCCCAGGAUUAAACAAGCUGAAGAAUGAAACGCGAUAAGAAUUUGUAAUUAUAAAGUUAGACCUUUCUUUCUGUUUCCUCUCUUUUUAUUAUAUACUUACUGUAUUCAAACUCCCAAUAAAGGAAUAUCGAAAAAGUCUUACGCAUUUUAAGUAAAAAUCCUGCAAAUGGAAUGUUUUAUUUCAAUUGUUUACGGGUUUACGUUUGCCUUUCUGUUUCUUUUAAACCCCAUUUCAGUUUCUUUUAUCGUUUCAGUUCAUUUUAAACGUUUUUCAGUUGUCAGGAAGAAAAACCACCGACAUUUAACGUAACGCAAGUGGAGUGUUCCAGCUGAAAUUUGAUUGCAGCAAAAUAUACAUAUACAAUUUAGCAAACUCUAAAGCUUGCUUGGUCUAAAUAUAUACAUGUAG